AUGGCGGCGGCAGGGUCCAGGUCCGCGACGCGUCCAUAUGGCGGAAGAACUCACGGCGCAAACAGAUAUUACGCGGGAGGUGCAACUACCCCCUAUCGAUCCGGUCGAGUUUCAGCUUUGGGAAUCACACCGUUCCUGUUACCAGUAGCCGCUGUGGCUUUCUUCCCGGGGCUUUGGUACCAUCCCGUCUACGCUUAUGAUUACAACCACAACUACUACUACAUCAACGAUGAAACUCACAAGAACACGUCGAUUCCCGUGACAUGCUUGUGUGAGGAGUAUCAGGAGUGUGGCUGUGACGAUAACAACAACAGUACCUAUUACGAGUCGUUGUUCAAUGGCACCCAGCCUAAAAACACUAGCGUGGUGACUGUGGCCAAGGUCAAUGGCACGGAGAAGAUCUAUAUCAACGGUACACUGGCCAACGGAACCACGGCUGCUGAUGGCAGUUCCGCCGGCUCGGGGACUAUGGCCUCUAUGUUGCAAGCCAGUGGUUAUUGGGCAACGGUGGCUGUGGUGCUAGCGACUGUGUGGAGUAUCUAA